GCAAAGAAGACUGGAUUCUACGUGGAACACCUUUGUAAAAAGAACCGGAAAAUAACGAACGAAUGAGAGGAGAAUGGGGGAAUAAUCAAUCUGAUUAAAUAUUGCGGAAAUGCGUAGCCUAAACGUAUUUUAUUUAUUUAUUCCUUGACAGCUUUCUCCGUUUAUGACACCAGCCUCAUAUAUUUUAUUUUUCUAUUUUCUAUUCUUACUAAUGAUGAAUUGGGAAACUAUGUGGCCAGUGUGACUCAAUUACACUUUCUCUGGCAAAAUUGUACCUCCUCAUUUUUGGGGAGUGGGACACCAGAGGGGCGUCUUUCACUGAAACCACAGGAUGCAUGAUGUGUCCAAACCAAGGUCCACGUUAUGCCCAGUAAUACAGGCUCCAAAAGGACUAUUCAACCUUAGCUCGAUAUAUCUAGAGACAUAUCCUCCUAUGGAUCGAACAACAGAACACCAUGCGUAGGCCUAAAGAAGAGUUCAAGGGGCUCUCCGAAUUCCAUAAAGGAAUACUAGGACUUCUCCACUCUGUCUUUCUGAGAUACUAGCAGCACCAGAGAUCCGGACCAACCAAGCUAACGGCAGGAUGUGGUACGCCCAAGCCAUCUACAUCGGGAUGGAGGUGAUCAUCGCAGUGACUUCAGUGAUCGGAAACGUGAUGGUUGUCUGGGCGGUGCGGAUCAACCGUUCGCUGCGAGACACCACCUUCUGUUUCAUAGUGUCUCUGGCUCUGGCAGACAUUGCGGUGGGGGCUCUGGUCAUCCCGCUGGCCAUCACCAUCAACAUCGGGUUCAAGAUGCACUUCUACAGCUGCCUGCUGGUCACGUGCACCAUGCUGGUGCUCACGCAGAGUUCCAUCCUCGGGCUGCUGGCCAUCGCUUUUGACCGUUACCUGAGGGUGAAAAUACCCAUGAGCUACAAGCAUGUGGUGACACGGCGGCGCGCAGGCACGGCGGUGGUGGUGUGCUGGAUGGUUGCCAUAGUGGUUGGCCUGACACCCAUGCUGGGCUGGAACAACCUGCUGAGUCUCCGUGACAACGACUCCCUGGUGACCCAUGACCUCUUAGUGAUGUGUCGGUUUGAGAACGUCAUCAGCAUGGACUACAUGGUCUACUUCAACUUCUUCGGCUGGGUGCUGCCUCCCCUCGUCCUCAUGCUGCUAAUCUACGCUGAGAUCUUCUACAAGAUACACCACCAGCUCAACAAGAAGGUGACGGCGAGCCACACAGACCGCAGCCAUUACUACGGUAAGGAGCUGAAACUAGCCAAGUCAUUGGCUCUGGUCCUCUUCCUGUUUGCCAUCAGCUGGCUUCCUCUCCACAUCCUCAACUGCAUCACGCUGUUUUGCUGUGACACGUCCAUGUCAAUCAUCUACAUCGCCAUCCUGCUCACACAUGGCAAUUCCGCUGUGAACCCCAUUGUCUACGCAUUCCGGAUAAAGAAGUUCCAGAAUGCGUUUCGGAAGAUCUGGGAGCAGUAUGUGUUGUGUAGGGACCCGAUAGGCAAGCUGCCCCAGAGACGGAGUCAGAUGUGCCAGAGCGGAGUGGAGAGGAGGCUGAGGGCGAAUGAUGAUGACAAUUAUGUCUGA